ACUGCUGUGCCCGGCACCUCGGCUGCUCCUGGAGAAUCUACUGCCACUGGUGUCUCACCCGUCACCCCUGAAGAGACUACUGCCACUGGCGUUUCCCCCGUCUCCCCUGAAGAAACCACCGCCACUGGCGUUUCUCCCGUCAGCCCCGAAGAGACUACCGCUACUGGUGUUUCUCCCGUCAGCCCAGAGGAAACCACCGCCACUGGUGUCUCUCCAGUUUCUCCUGAAGAGACUACUGCCACUGGUGUCUCCCCGGUUAGCCCCGAAGAGACCACCGGCGCGACGGGUGUCUCCCCCGUCACUCCUGAAGAGACCACUGCCACUGGUGUUUCUCCCGUUACACCCGGCGAGACCAGCGGCGCAACUGGCGUCUCCCCCGUCUCCCCUGAAGAAACCACCGGUGUCUCUCCCGUUACCCCCGGCGAGACCACCGGCGCGACGGGCGUCUCCCCAGCCUUCACUGGCGCCGCCUCCUCCAACAUGCAGCCCGCGGCUGGCUUCCUGGCGGCCGUCAUGGGUGUCAUGGCUCUCCUCUAA